UUGGUAGUGCUAACUCGCCCUGCCCUGUCUAGUUCAGUGAUGGUUCGCCAAUGUUCGACAACAGUGAUCAGUGAUACCAUGAUAGUGCAACUGUGUCGUCUUCCUCCACGGAUCACAUACAGCAACACAUGAUUAUUACGUCAACAGGAUCACAGCAUUUGCCAAACGAGAUUUUCAACACUACUUAAAUUUUGGCCUACAAUUAUGAUUAGGAUUUUUAAGCUCGGAAAUGUAUGAAAAUGAAGACUGAAACGUUUGUUCAUUUACGGUAAUUUUUCUCAAUAGUUCACUCCUUAAAAUAAAAAUCUGUGAUUUUGGUGUUUUUACAAUGUAGACUGGCUGACGUGUACUGGAAAUAAUUAGGAUUAAUAACUAAGUAUCAAUUACUCACUGUUACAUAUUUCUAAUUGCGAUACUAAUAUGGCUCGUUACUGUUGCUUUUUAUUAAUGACGCUUUACUGGACGGGGAGAACCGUAAUUUCAACGGAGGAGCCGACGGUUCCGCCCCUGCGGUACGACGCCCCGGACGACUGUCAGUGGUGGGUGCGGGACGCAGCCGGUAGUAAUGACGAGGUAGCUCUGUACUGCAAACUGAGAACAAUAAACAGCGAGUUCGAUACGACAAACUUUAGUGUAAUUCCCUCUGAGCAUACUACCUCCUUGAAAAUUGAAUGUAACGAAAGCAUGUUAUCUAGAAGUUCCUUAGACGAUAGCAGUUUCGCACAUUUAACGAGACUUAGGGAAUUGGUUUUAGAAAAUUGCAAACUAGCAAAAUGGCCAUCGGGAGUGUUAGUGGGGCUGAGGGACCUCCGUAACCUCACGCUAAAGACUCGGAACACGGACUGGCCGACCAUGACCCUGGAGAUAGCAUCCGAUAGCUUCUCGCCCGUCCGUCAAUUGGAGAGGCUCGAUUUGAGUUCUAACAAUAUAUGGUCCUUCCCAGAAAACGUGUUUUGUCCGAUGACCAAUCUAGUGACCCUAAACGUCAGUCGCAACCGCCUUCAGGACGUGAGUGACCUCGGGUUCAGAGAGAAGACACCUCCACCUCAACCUCUCAUCAGCACCCAGGACGACGUCGUGGACCCCGAGACCGAGGGCAAACCUCCGUCCUCUCCAUGCUCCAUGGACAUCCAAGUCUUAGACACCUCUUGGAACCACUUCGUGCUGAUGCCGGUCAACGGGUUCAGCGCUCUACGCCGCCUCAGGGAACUCUACAUCCACGACAACGAAAUUUCGAUGGUAUCUGACCGUGCCCUCGCGGGACUCAAGGUGCUACAAAUAUUUGAUUUAUCUAAUAACAAAGUGGUGGCUCUGCCGUCCGAGCUGUUUCGUGAUUGUGCCGACGUCGUUAAAGAGAUUUAUCUACAAAACAAUUCCAUAAGUGUUCUCUCCCCCGGACUGUUUGCCGACUUGAACCAGUUAUUAGCUCUGGAUCUCUCGCGGAACCAGCUUACCAGCGCGUGGAUCAAUAGCGGGACGUUUUCAGGACUGAUAAGACUAGUACUGCUUAAUUUGUCGCACAAUAGAAUAACAAAAUUAGACCCCACUUUGUUUCACGAUUUAUACACGUUACAAAUCUUAAACCUCGAACAUAACCUCUUAGAAACCGUCCCUCCAGACACUUUUACACCCAUGAACAAUCUACAUACUUUAGUUUUAUCUUACAAUAAAAUAACCUACCUCGAUGCUUAUGCUCUCAACGGUCUCUAUGUUAUGAGUCUAAUAUCCUUAGAUAAUAACGUAUUAGAAGACAUUCAUCCAGACGCGUUUCGUAACUGUACAGGAUUACAAGACCUAAAUUUGAGCGGAAACCAAUUAAAAACUGUACCUCUGGCAUUAAAGGAUCUGCGAAUUUUGAGAACAGUCGAUUUGGGUGAGAAUAAAAUUACUUCCUUGGACGAACCGGGCUUCCACGGAAUGACCAAUCUGUACGGCCUCAGAUUAAUAGGAAAUCACCUCACUAACAUCAGUAAAGACGUGUUUUCCGAUUUACCCUCCCUACAAAUCUUGAAUUUAGCGAGGAAUAAAAUUAGCAAAGUGGAAACCGGAGCUUUCGAUGUGAACGCUAAUCUCCAGGCGAUCCGUCUAGACGCCAACCUCCUGACAGAUAUUAAUGGUCUUUUUACGGAAGUUUCAAGUUUGUUGUGGCUUAACAUUUCCGAUAAUCGUUUAGAAUGGUUCGACUACGCCCUCUUUCCUCGAGGAUUACAGUGGCUAGAUUUACAUAAAAACUUUGUCUCAGAAUUGGGAAACCACUAUUCCUUAGAGGCAGAGUUAAAAAUACAAACUCUAGAUGCCAGCUUCAAUAAACUAAAUAAAGUGACGGCGGCAUCGAUCCCGAACAGUGUGGAAUUGUUGUUCCUGAAUGACAAUUUAAUAACGGACGUCGAGGCUCACUCUUUUGUCAAAAAGGUGAAUUUAACUCGAGUCGAUCUAUAUGCAAAUCAAAUAGUGGGGAUGAACCUGAGCGCAUUACUGCUGUCGCCUGUGAGUCCGGAUAGGCCGUUACCGGAGUUUUAUAUUGGGGGAAAUCCUUUCCAAUGCGACUGCGGAAUGGAAUGGCUACAACGAAUCAAUACGUUGGACCAUAGGACGCACCCAAGAGUAAUGGACUUGGAGAGUAUUUAUUGUAAACUACUGUAUAACAGAGACAGAAUGUACGUGCCACUAAUUGAAGCUGAACCUUCCCAGUUUUUAUGUGCAUACAAAACACACUGUUUCGCCCUGUGUACAUGUUGUGACUUUGAUGCCUGCGAUUGCGAAAUGAUUUGUCCAACGAACUGUACGUGCUACUUUGACGGCUCAUGGUCUGCCAACAUUGUAGACUGUGCCGGUGCGGGGUAUACCCAGAUGCCGAGUAGGAUACCAAUGGACGCAACCGAGGUGUACAUAGACGGAAAUAACUUCGGAGAGUUAACCAGCCACUCCUUCUUGGGUAGGAAAAAUUUAAAAGUGCUUUAUGCUAACAACUCUAACAUAGCCGCAAUAUACAACCACACUUUUAGUGGACUAAAGAGACUCACUGUACUACAUUUGGAAAACAAUCACAUACGAGAACUCUUGGGAUUCGAGUUGAGUAGUCUGGAAAAUCUGAGAGAGGUGUACCUCCAAGGCAAUAAAAUACAUUAUAUAGACAAUAGGACAUUUAUCGGAUUACAGCAGCUCGAAGUUCUGCGUCUCGACGGCAAUAGACUUACAAAGUUCGCAGUGUGGCAAUUCUCCGCGAAUCCUUACCUCGUAGAAAUAGGGCUGGCUGGAAAUCAAUGGUCGUGCGAUUGCAAAUAUCUCCAAGACUUUAAAUCCUGGUUUAACGACAAUUUCGCCAAGGUCGUCGAUGUUGACAAAAUUAUAUGCGUCAUAAACAACAGAACCAAUGCAGUAGGACCACCAAUUAAGGACUUGAAUGGUACUUACUGCGCCGCCUACAUCAGUGGGUCUAGAGGAAUCGUAGGGCGGUACGUGAUAAACGACUACAUUCCAUUUUUGUUCCUGACAUUCUGCGCCUUCGUCGCAUCUAUAGUUUUAGUGUGCGGUUUAUUUUUUUACAGAAGAGAACUUCGCGUUUGGGUAUACUCGAGGUGCGGUUUGCGUAUGUGUUACAAAUCAACGGCGUUCGACGAAGAACAAGACCGUGACAGACUGUUUGAUGCGUACGUGAGUUACAGCGUGAAGGACGACGCCUACGUCACACAAAUGUUAGCUCCGGGACUAGAGGCCGGAGAUCCUUCCUUCAGACUGUGCUUACACUACAGAGACUUCAACGUGAGUGCGUACGUCGCCGACACGAUCAUAGAGGCCGUAGAGUCUUCCAGGAGGACUAUAGUAGUGUUAUCCAAAAACUUUUUAAAUUCGGAGUGGUGCAGAUUUGAGUUCAAAUCGGCGCUGCACGAGGUGCUAAAAGAUCGUCGACGAAGGAUGAUCAUUAUAUUGUUAGGUGAUAUCCCCCAGAGAGACCUUGACCCGGACUUGAGGUUGUAUCUCAAGACGAGCACGUGUAUAGAGUGGGGAGACAGACUGUUCUGGCAGAAGCUGAGGUUCGCGAUGCCUGACGUCAGGAAGACCUCCAGGUCCACAUCCAGGAGGUUACCAAGGCCUCCGCCCCCGCUAUACGAGCACAGCGCUUCACUGCCGCCUCCGCCACAGCCACCCCCAGGCAAGCUGCUGCCUCCGUUUCUCCACCAUCCCUCCAACCUCCAGGUCGCAUCUCACCGCGACUCCACGAGACGACUGGCACAUCCACUGUGGGCGUAGCGGAUACUCUACCACCCUAGGGGCUGGAUCGAAGGUCCUGUCUUCCUAGAAGGGGUUCCUAGCUACGACUACGUGAUGCCAGCAGCGCCCAGCACGUUCCACUACUGAAGCUUCUCAACUACAGGACACCGUGCACCAGCUGACCAGAGGAGCAUAACUAGACAUUCGUAAUUCCAAAAAGAAACAUACAAAAUCAACGCUUAAAUCGUAUUUAAAUUCAAAAUCAACAAAAAAUUUAGUUAAAUAUCGUAAAAAAAAACAAUAAUUUAAAAUACUUUCAUGUGAAAUUAAAAACUAUACGGUAGGAAAACGUGUAACGAAUUCAUGUUUCAUGUUGCGUAUUUAAACUCGGCUGAAGUCAUUAGGUUGGUAACCAUAAAUUACCUUAUACCUUUGCGGUGGUGUAGAGUCUUCGCAUGAGAGUUUCAGUGUAAAUGCAACUACAGCCCAGUGAUGCGAUGAUUGGCGAUUAAAUUACAAAUUCUACUCAUAAGCCCACUUUUUUGUAUCAAAUUCAUUACUAUUUUAACCCUACGGUCUUUUACGGUGUUUUCUUUUCUUGAAAUUCUACGCAUCAUGCCCUAUAGUCGAACUAUUUUGAAGCUAAAAGAGCUAAAAUAGGUAACAUUAUGUCUAACAUAUUGCCUGAAACAUUUGGAUUACAAACUUUGUAGUUACGAAAAGUCGGAGAUGUGCCAUGCCAGCAGUAGCCUACAUCGUCAGGCCAUGGUGUGGGAUAUGGUGUUCCUAAGUGAGAAAGACUUAUUGAAUUAUUUAUUGCACUUUCAACUAUACUUGGAGGAUUUAAGGCCAACGUUAUGCCAAAGAAUUAUGAUCGUCGCUUGUGAUCAAUUGUUAUGUUCCUCAUACAAUUUUCGUGUUUUACAACUAUGUAUUACAAUAUAUGCAAUAAUUUACAUUCUUGAAUGUGACAUGUUGACAUGUUAAUAUAAAUACAGCAUAUGUUAAAUGUAAUUUUUUAAGUUUUACACUCCGAUAAAGGUAACAUACUUUUUCAUUUUAUUUUUAAUUUUGCUCGUCAUCAACUGUAAACUUAUUGAUCAAAUUUAAGACUUAAUAAUUGAAAUAGAUAAAAAUUCAAAUGGAACAAUUCAUUUUCUUACAUCUAUUGUGACUGUUAUACAAACUUUUAUAUGCUUGGAUUAAUUUAUUGGACUUUAAAAUAGUAUAAUCAUAUCUUUUUAAGGGGUAAAAUAUCUAAUAAAAACAUUUGGUGUUUAAUUAUAAAUUGCACUUUUUCUUGUGUUUCCCAUGUUUAAUUUUGCUGAUUUAUCUAGUCAUUAAUCAUUAUUUAUUUGUAAAAAACACUGUGUAGAUAAAGUGGUUAUUAUGGAAAAAAGUCUAAGAGUAUUUGGACGAUUAUAUAUUUCGAGCAUAAAUUUAUGGCUUAGUGAUUUAAAUACUAUUUUACACAAUGCUAUUUGUUUAUUUAAGUAAUACUAUUACUGUAAGGAAUUGUUUUAUACCUUCUAAAUGGUGCUACGAAAUAAAAUUGUAUAAGUUAUUGAAGGUUUUUCGUGUUCCUUAAUAAUAUUUGAAUUAUUGUUAAUGCUUGAAACAUUCCAGCUGGUGUUAUAAGUAACGAACGUAAUUAGAAAAUUAAUAGUUACGCUAAUUCCAAUAUUGGAGUUCUGUCCAAAUGAAAACAGUUUACGAAAGACGUUGAGUUUGUAUUGAAUUACAUUUAGAACAACAUUUGUCAGAUUAAAUUAUACCAUCCUACUUUUCGUCCGAUUUUACACAUUUAUAAACCAUUAUUACAUUAAUAGUACAAUAUAUGUGCUUGUUGUCAUCUCAGUAACGCAUUUUAUUUAGCUGCUAGAUGCUAUUUAAUUUCAUUGUAUGCGCAUUGCAAAGCUCAAAAUUACAUUUCGGAAUAAAAUAUAUUUUUGUUUGCUCAUUCCAUUUUGUUCAAAGCUAAAAUCUGUACUUACGAUAUAAUAAUAGAUACAAUAGGUGUUUCAAUAUUUCGUUUCAAGCAUUUAAUUUAUCAACAUAAACUACUCGCGUAGAUAACGUAGAAAUAAUUCGUUACUGGAGUACAAACCCAUAAGUUCCUCAUAGAAUCGCUGAACUCAUAGCUUAAUAUAAAUGUUUUAUCCAAGCUAGUUUGUUAGAUAACUUCAAGUUAUAUUUUCCUUGUUCUCAUUUCAUUGCAAAGGUAUAAAAUUGUAAAUGUACAUUUUUGUAAAUAUUCGUAUAAUAUAUUUUCAUAGUAUUCAUUCGACUUAUGGUGUAAAUAGUAGUGUAAGGUUAUUUAUGUAAAUAUUAUAUAUUAUAUGAC